GUCUAGCUGUGCUUCUGCUCGGCCGAUGGGUGCCAUGAAGCUGCCCAUUGUCUGCACCAAUAUUUCACACCUUUGAUACUAGCCUCCUGCUCUCGCCAUGGAUGCGCCUGGCGCGACGCAGGCAAACGAGAGUGUCCCUCAGGACCGCCGGGACUCGGAUUCCAAUAACGUGGGCGACAAUACAUACCCGGACAGCGGGCGGUCCGACCGGGUCAAUGACGAGGAAGACAGCCACAAUGGGACCCAGAGUGAAGGCGAUGAUAUUGACAAAGAACACGACGAGGACGGAACAGAGGGGGAGAGUGAUGACGAAGAGGACGAGGAGCCCCGGCUCAAGUAUGCAUACUUGACCAAACACCUGGGGGCGGUGUAUCGCAAUGGAGAUGCAACAAGCUCCUUUCUCGCGGCUGGGGACAAGAUGGUAAUUGGAACGCAUAAUGGAAACAUUCAUGUACUAUCCGUUCCUCAAAUGCGCUCUCUUCGCGUCUACCAUGCGCACUCCGCCAGUAUUACCUCGAUCUCAAUAUCUCCGUUCCCUCCUCCGUUGCCCAGUCUCAGGCAAGAGUACUUCAGCAGAGUCCCCGAAGACCAGGAAUAUUCGGCGCGGCCGUCGUCCGGCACAGCUAGCCUCCGCGGCCGGCAUCGACCAGCUCACCAGCAAAGCCUACCUGCCACGCCAUCCAACUCGAUAUACAUUGCCACAUCUUCUAUGGACGGAAAUGUCUGUGUUGCAUCAUUAGUUGACUCCAAAGACGUUCUCUUGCGGAAUUUUGGCCGGCCCGUGCAGGCUGUCGCGCUCUCACCAGAGUAUAAAAGUGACAGGGCGUUUCUGUCCGGAGGACGUGCAGGCGACCUGAUACUUACAGUGGGCGGAAGAGUUGGUGCUAGCACGAAUUCCACAACAAUGGGAGGUGCUGCGGCUACGGCUUCGAGUUGGCUCGGAUCUUUGGGGCUGGGAGCCAACACCGGCAAGGACACUAUCCUUCACAGUGGGGAGGGCGCCAUCAGUACGAUCAAGUGGUCUUUGUCUGGGAAGUACGUCGUCUGGGUCAACGAAGAGGGCAUCAAAAUUAUGCGAUCGAACUUGUACCUCGAUUCUUCCGAUUCUGAGCUUGCCUGGAAGCGAAUCAGCCACAUUGACCGGCCUAACCUUCCAGGCUGGGAGGAAAUGGCGGGAGUCUGGAAGGCUCGUGCUGAGUGGGUAGACGAAAAAUCAUUGACCACCGACAUCGGUUCAAACAGUCAAGGAGGAUCGUCUGCAGCCCAGUCGACUAUUGUCAGGGAAAAGGUGGAGAAGUUGGUAGUUGGCUGGGGAGGCACGGUUUGGGUCAUUGACGUAUACCCGGAUAGACCCAGCAAGAAUAACAGGGACCUGAAGAUCGGAUCUGUUGAGGUUUCGACAAUCUUGCGGACCGACUGCGUUAUAUCUGGCAUCUCGCUAUAUACUCCUAGUCUACUGGCCGUCCUUGCGUACAUUGAGGCGGAAGAAGACGUCUCGGAAGAGCGGACCAAGCUAGGAGGUCGCCGUCCGGGAACGCGCCGCCGGCCAACGGGCUUGGAGCCUGAACUGCGGAUUAUCGAUAUUGAAACAAAGGAGGAGCUUAGUGCUGAUACCCUUUCAACCAGUCGUUACGAGACCCUCACUUCAUCUGACUAUCACAUGUGCGUUCUGCCUCCUUGGAAAUCUAGCGCUCCUGUUUCGCAACGUGGCGCCCUAGAAGCUUUGGGGAACGGUCUCUGGGAUGCAACGCUCUACCCGGCACGUCUAUUCAACUCCGCCGCUAGCAUUCGCAGUACAACGAGCAGUGACAAGGGAUCCAGCCGCGCGCCGAGCACCUUUGCCUCUCGAAGGUUUUCUUAUGAGGAACCCCUUUCCAAAGAAAUCCAGGACAUUGCAGGGAGCGUGGGGCCCAAAAUCUUCGUCCACAGUCCAUAUGACUGCGUUGCUGCCCUGAAGAGAGACCUGUCUGAUCGCCUAGCCUGGCUAGACGCGCAUGAGAGGUAUGAAGAGGCAUGGAUGCUUCUCCAGGAGCAUCCUGAGGCGGCGGGGUCGACGACUGACGUGAACGAGCAAAUUCCGGAGACGCCGUCAAGAUCGCAGAGCAGUAGCGUUGGCGAAUCCUUCAUUGACGAUAGGUCUUCCAUCACAACCACUGGCCGGAACAUUGCUUCUACUCCUGCUGUCGAGCAGGAAAAGCGCCGCAUUGGCGAGUUGUGGAUCGAGCAACUUGUUGAUGAGAACAAAUGGGCGGAGGCCGCUGAAGUUUGCGUGAAAGCAAUUGAUACCGCGAGCAGGUGGGAGCAUUGGGCUUGGACUUUCAUUAAGCACGAUAAGCUGGACGAGAUCUCGUCCGUCAUGCCUGUCAACUUGCGCCCCAGUCUCCCCGCAAACAUCUACGAGACCAUCUUGGGGCACUAUGUCGAGCACAACAGGUCAAGGUUCAGCGAUCUUCUGGACUCCUGGCCUUUCGACCUCUUUGACGCCAAUAAUGUCGCAACGGGAAUUGAGGAGCAACUGAGAUAUGACUCGGUAAUCCCGGACACAGAGGACUGGCGAGUCCUGACAAGGUGUCUUGCCAAACUGUACCUCGCAGGAGGUCACUACGGCAAAGCACUGCACUGCUAUAUUCGCCUCCAAGACGCCGACACAGCGAUGGCCCUGAUCAAGGACCACCGACUGCUAGACACCCUCACCGACGAUAUCCCCGCGUUCAUCCUCAUCCGCGUCUCCAAGGAACAGCUGAGAUCAGCGCCCGUCGAGGAACUCGAAGAGCUCACCGCAGAGCCCAUCAGGCUCCUAGUCAGCGAAGCCUACACAGGCAUCGUCCGGCCUGAAAUUGUGGUCGAUCAACUCCAAGCAGCCAACAAACUCCUAUAUCUCUACUUCUACAUGCGGGCCCUGUGGCGCGGCGAAUCACUGCCUCACGGCGCCGCAAAACCUCGCCGCGGCCACUUCGCCCACAUCCGAGACGCAGCCAGCAAGCUCGCUGCCGACGAAGGCAAAGCACUAGUCGACAAUUUCGCCGAACUAGCCGUAGAACUCUUCGCAGACUACAACCGGCCCCUGCUGAUGGAAUUCCUUCAAACCAGCACCUCCUACUCCUUCGACAUGGCCGUCAGCAUCUGCGAAGGGCGCCACUUCACUCCAGAGCUUAUCUACCUCCUCUCGAAAACGGGACAAACUAAACGCGCCCUCAACCUGAUUCUCUCCGACCUCAAGGAUGUCUCACAAGCCAUCCAAUUUGCCAAGUCCCAAAACGAGCCCGACCUCUGGGAAGACCUCCUCGACUACUCCAUGGACAAGCCGCGUUUCAUUCACGGUCUCCUCGUCGAAGCCGGAACUUCCAUCGACCCGAUCAAACUCGUACGCAGGAUCCCAAGCGGCCUAGAAAUCGAAGGCCUCCGAGAAGGUCUCACACGAAUGAUCCGUGAACACGACCUCCAAGCCAGCAUAAGCCAAGGAGCCGCCAAAGUGCUCCAAAGCGAAGUAGCAGUAGGCAUGGACACGCUCCGACGCGGCCAACGCCGCGGCAUCAAGUUCAAUAUCGUCGAAGAGGAAAGAUCCAUUCCUGGCACUCCCACCACCACCACUGCCACCGAAGCAACCGAAAAGGACACCACCACCGCCAACAACAAAGCAGUCAAAAGCGACGCCGACACAGAAAAGACCUCUUUCACCGCAACAUCCUCAACCACCGCCUCCCAGGCAGGUAGAUGCGCAGGCUGUCAUCACCCGUUCCGCGCCAACGAGAAAGAAAUCCUCGUCGGCUUCGCCUGCGGCCACAUUUUCCACCUCUCGCACAUCCACGCAACAUCAGAAAAUCCCUCAGCCACAAGCACGCCGUAUACUCGCUCUGCGGUGCAGACACCUCGGCCGUUUUCGCCUGCGCCCGGACAGACGCUGGAUGAAGUAUCGAUGAGUGCAUCGCGCACGGUCGGACCUAAGGUGACCACUGCGCGGUUGUUGAGGGAUAGGAUCGGUGAUGGGUGUAGGAUUUGUGCGUUGGCGAAGGAGUUGGAGGCGAUUGGGGAUUCAGAGUCGUAGGUAUACUUUUCUGCUGUGAGUUUGUGAGUGUGGCUUUUGGAUGGGUACUCUGGGGAGGGGGGUACUGUAGCUUUGCUUCGGGCGGGAAUGUAGAUUCGUCGGCUGCUUUGUGUGGCGACUUGAAGAAAGGGGAUUGGCUUUAGUAUUUUUAUUUUGAUGGUAUUCAUUUGUUGAAGGGAGCAGUUGAAUGAUGACCCUGUCAUUCUACCAGUGUGGGGCUGUAACCACGGACAGUUUCACUACAUGUCACAUAGUUCGCCUGGAUGGGUGUAUG